CUGUGAUUGGUCCAUUGUUGAGGAUGGCGCUGGGUCGAGCCUUGUCGACGGCCCCACUGCGGUCGAUCCACCCGACGGCCAAGGUCCACGUCACUGCAGUGCUCGCGCCGUUCACGGUCGUCGGAGCGCAUGCCGUGAUUGAGGCCAACUGCAGCAUUGGGCCUGGCACGGUCGUCGGCGACAACGUCGUUGUCGAGAGCGACACGACUAUCGGAGCCAGUGCGACGCUGCUCAACUGCAACAUUGGCAAGCGCAACGUCAUCCACGGCGGCGUGCGCAUCGGGCAGGACGGCUUUGGCUUUGAGCUCGAUGCGACCGGCGCCGGCCACCACACAAAAAAGCCCCAAGAACUUCGCGUCGAGAUCCACGACGACGUCGAAAUCGGUGCCAACUGCACCAUCGACCGCGGCAGCUGGCGCAACACCAUCAUCGGGCGCGGCUGCAAACUCGACAACCUGAUCCAAAUCGCCCACAAUGUGCAGAUCGGGCCAGGCAGCGUCUUUGCCGCCCAAGUCGGCAUUGCGGGGAGCACGACGAUCGGCAAGAACGUCGUCGCCGGCGGCCAAGUCGGGAUCGCCCAGCACCUCACGAUCGGCGACAACGUUCGCAUCGCUGGCAAGAGCGGCGUCAUGCACAACCUCUCGGGCAACGCCGCCUACGGUGGCGUGCCCGCUGUGCCCAUCAUGGAGUUUCGCCGGCAGAUGAGCCACAUCCGCGACAUGGGCCGCAAGCCGAUCGCGCAAUAAGUACCGUUCGCACAUAGAUGUGGCCGCUACCACCCGUUGCCAACACGACGUAUUUCGCCUCGUCUUGGCAGUUGCGUCGCACGUAUCUCUACGAGGCCAUCGUCCGUGGCGCAGAGACGCGCGAUUGGGAUGGAGCCUGCGCUGGCCUCAGGAUGCUGGCGAGGAUGGGCAGCACGGCUUCCUCGUCCUCCCUGCGAUGGUGGAGAUGGUUGUCGACCAUGGCGAGGACGUGCGAGGGAGCGCCUUGACCAAGCGAUUCCGCGAACAAUUAGCGCCAACCUGUGAGAACGCAUGGGAUCUAAUAAAGUGUGGGAGGUUUCACUGACUUUCUUUUCCG